GAGCCAUCGCUUCUUCACCUCGCCACCCCGGCGCAGGGGCGGUUGGCGGUGCUGGGAGACACGCAUGGCCACCUGAAGGACUUGGUGCACAUCUGGAGGCAAGAAGGCUUCCCAUCAAGAGACCUGGUCUAUCUCUUCAACGGCGACAUCUGCGACCGGGGGGACUCAGCUAAGCGAGGAGGCCAGCAAGCGCUCCACAUCUGGGCCUGCGUCUUGAGCUUCAAGAUAGCGGAGCCGGAGAGCGUCUACAUCAACCGAGGCAACCAUGAGGACAGAGACUACUGGCCGCUGUACGGCCCUCAGGGCUUCGCCGCCGAGAUUGAAUCAAAGUAUUCACGUGAGGAGGCUGAUGAGCUCUUGGAUGCCUUUGGAGACCUCUGCGAUGCACUGCCUCUGGCCGCGGUGAUAGACGACUGCUGCCUGGUACUUCAUGGAGGUCUCCCGCGCUGCAGCACCUCUAACCUCCAGGAGAUCUCGGCGUUGCCUCGGCCUGUGGUGAUCCCGGAGUCUCCUGGAACUCGUCAGGAGGAGAUUAUCUACGACAUUACCUGGGCAGACCCGCACGCGGAGCCCGGCUUUCACCAAAGCGAUCGCGGGGGCGAGGCUGUUUGUUUCGGUCCCGACAUUACCCAGCGCUUCCUUCAAAGCGCAGGACUUCGCCUUCUUGUCCGCUCUCACGAGCUCCCGGGCCGCAGCCAGGCCGAGUUCAAGGGCCGAGGGUACGAAUGGUGGCACCCCAUCCUGUGCGCUGACAAAGAUUCAGUGGACUCGCAGCCGCCUCCCACACUGGGAGCAUCGCAGAAAGGCUGGUGUUUGACCGUCUUCUCUGCCAGCGACUAUUGCGGUUGCCUUGACGGCAACCAGGCAUCCCGGAUGAUCUUUCAAGGUGGGAACUUUCACUUAAUGGAGCACUACGGUUGGCAGGCGGAGCGCUCCUUGCUGGCGCCGCACGCCGAAGCCUCGCCGGAGCCACCGCCGCCCGAUCCCGCCGAGCUGUCUUUGUUCGAGGGCGCUCUCGAACGCAGCCUAAUGGAGGCCAUCGUCGAGCACAAGCACGACCUUCUGGCGGAGUUUGUUGCCAUGGACAAGCAGAAGGACUGGUUCCUGCUGGUGGAUGUCUGGCUGAACUGCUGCCGGCGAGUGCUGCCACAGAUUCCCUGGGAGGAUCUGCUGGACGAGCCUCGCUUCGUGCCCAUAAACAGCGGCCAUGUGAAUUACAUGCUCUUCCUGACGAGAUACCAGGUGCGCUUCAGGCACAAGCAAGGCCUACACGCUUCCUUCCACCGGCGCUUAGCCUCCCAACUCUUCGAAGGUUUGCUCCUCGCCGACCGCCCUCUGCGAGAGACCUUGGCUCUGCUAGACCUGAACGGAGACGGCGUUGUCUCCGUGGACGAGUUUGCCGGUGCGCUAGCGCGCUUCGGGAAGGUGCUUCUUCCCUCUCAAGCCAAAGCUCUCUACCGGACGACCGCAGACCAAGGCGGUACUGUCCGGGUGGAGACCUUCUUGGCAACCUUGUCACUGCACUUCGCGCUCACGCACCCAACGCCCACCACCCCAGAGACGGCGUUCGUUCCGAAGCUCUUGGAUGCGAUCUGCCGCGACAUCCUCCGCCUGGGCCGGGAGGAAGAGGGUACAGGUGUGGCGGUUUU